GAAGCGCCUGAUUGAUUGGACGCUGGAGAAAGCCUUCCGAUUGGCCGAGAAGGUGGCGAUGGUGGGAAAGAUGGCGGAGAAGCCACGCGGGAAGCGGCCCCGAGAUGGGGAUGAGAAACCCGCGAGUGGAUGGAAGAAAACGCGGGCGGAGAGGAAGCAGAAGAUCAAGCAGUUUAAAGAGAUGAAUUUGCUGAAGAAGCUUGAAAAACAGAAAUUAAAAGAAAUGAAGGUACAAAAAGAUCUCGAAGAAGCAAAGGAAGAGAAAGGGCGCCUGUACACAGUGAGUGUGGCGUUGCCGGGAUCGGUGCUGGACAACGCCCAAUCUCCAGAGCUACGGACGUACCUGGCUGGACAAAUCGCACGGGCCUGCACCGUGUUCUGUGUUGAUGAGAUUGUGGUCUUUGAUGAACAAGGUGAAGAUGUGAAGAGUGUGGAAGGUGAAUUCCGAGGAGUCGGGAAGAAAGGCCACGGCAGUGUACAGCUGGCCCGCAUCCUGCAGUACCUGGAAUGUCCCCAGUACCUCCGAAAAUCCUUCUUCCCAAAGCACCACGACCUUCAGUUUGCAGGCCUCCUGAACCCCCUGGACAGCCCCCACCACAUGCGGUUGGACGAGGCGGCUGAGUACCGUGAGGGGGUGGUGGUAGACCGACCCAGUAAGCCUGGGAAAGGCUCUCUCGUCAAUUGCGGGAUGAAAAAGGAAGUGAGGAUUGACCGACAGCUUCAGGCAGGACUUCGGGUCACAGUGCAAUUAGACGGGGACCAAAACCCAGACAGUAAAGUGAAGAAGGGGACGGUGGUGGCCCCUCACUUGCCUCGCACCAGGUCCGGCCUGUACUGGGGCUACACCGUGCGUCUGGCUUCCUGCCUCAGUGCUGUGUUCACAGAGUGCCCAUUCAAGGAGGGAUACGAUCUCACCAUCGGGACCUCAGAGCGAGGAUCCAGCAUUGACCAAGCCUCGCUGCCUUCAUUCAGGCACAUGUUGAUGGUGUUCGGAGGCUUGCAGGGCCUGGAGACCAGUGUGGACUUCGACCCAAAUCUCCAGGUGGCUGAUCCUCAGCUCCUCUUUCACCAUUACCUGGACACGUGCCCGGGGCAGGGCAGCCGCACCAUCCGCACCGAGGAAGCCAUUCUCAUCUCCCUCUCCGCGCUGAGGCCGAAGAUCGUCAGUGCCAACGGAGCCACCUCUACAAGCCAAGACACGUAAUAUCCCGUGUCUGCUGGAGGCUGCAAUGUUUACCCCACAAACUGAGUAAUGCAGGAAGGAGCCUGACCUGUGGAUUGAGGAGCUGCAGUGGGCUGUGGUCAGGGUUUACGAUGGAGGCAGAGACCAAAUGAACGAAGAAUGCCCUGCAGCCGGGCACCUCCUGCCAUUGCCAUUGAUGCCAGGAUCCUCUUCAAGUAAAUUAUUUUGACCUUUCUGGAAGCGUUCUCCAUAAGCACAUUGUUCAUUUGAGCAAUGGAUUGGGACUGAGUUACAUCCACUUCAUCAACCUGCUGUUCACUGGAGUCUGGGGAGAGUUCGUGUCAGCGCUCUAUCUGGGUAAUUGGUAGCUCUCAUGUGUAACCUGGAGUUACCUGGGACUAUGCUGCUAGUUUUACAGGGUUUUAGAUGAUUUUGCUAGAAAUACUGCAGCAACUGGAUUGUAUUUUUGUAUUAAACACACUUGGAUGAUA